ACGUGACCCGGGACUCGGAGAACGAGCCACGUGACCCGGAACUGUGAGAACGAGCCACGUGACCCGGAACUAGGAGAACGGCCCACGUGACUGUUACGUCACCGCGUCGUCACGACAACCAACUCGCGCGCUCACGACGACGGAUCUCCAGGCUGUGUCCAGGCAGGCCUCAACUCUGGUCCCGUUCGUGGUUGACGUGCGAAUUGAUUGGAGAGGCAAAACUUAAUUGGUGUUAGAACACAACGGGAGGGAUACAACAACAUUACCUCGUCACCACUGUUGGAGAGAAGUCCCGUUUUGGAAAGAAAAAGCGGCCAUGGCUCCCCAGCGCUCCUCGUGCCUCGUGACCGCAGUGCUGCCAACGCUGCUGCUACUGCUGCUCGUCGCCCGCCCGUGCGAGCCGUGCUUCAAGUGCACGGAAGCCAUCGCGGUGCCCCUGAAAGCGCUGCUGAACAGGAUGGAGAUCGACAGGCCCUUCAUUCGCACGAAGACGUACAAGGGCGUGCAGAAUAUUAUCUCCAAGCUGCUGGGAGAACAUUCCAAGCGCUUGAUCUAUUUGUACGAGCAGGUGGAGCAAACCAUGGGCUCCAAGUUUGUGGAGAUGAACAACAGAAUUGGAGACGUUUCCGGUCAGCUGAGUGAAAAACACUAUGCCAUCUACUGGAGAGAACUCGUCAAGUUAUGGAAGGAUUUUCAGGAAGCUUUGAAGACUUCGAAGGAACCGUCAUGCCCUGUCUGUGAACCCACGUAUAUAUCUGCCCUGCGCUGCGAAUCCUGCCAGAAAGAGAAUAAGGAAGUCUGCCUGUCUUAUUGUGAACGAACUAUUUUGGAAAAGCAACGGCGAGCACCUUUGGAGGUUCUGGACGACGUCGAUCCCGACGUCAUCCCAGAGCCAGACUACGACCCUGAGUUUGAGCCCACGAAGACCAGCGUGAUUGCACUGAUCGUGAUCGUGCCAGCCAUGCUAUGCUUAAUCGUCUUCUGCAUCGUAAUGUGCUUCACGCGAAAUAAAAAAUCAACGUCUGCCCCCGACAUGGAAAAGGGAUUGGACGCUGCGGAAGAGCAGAACCGACAGGAGCCCGAUGUGAAGAUGCCUGGGCAUCCAACGAAGCCUGCCCGGGAUAAUCACACCAAAAAAGCCGGCGCGCACAAAGCAUCCCGCGAUGGACCAAAGAAAGAAAGGCCACGCAAAUGAAAGUGCGGGCAGUCCCCCGACUUACGAACGGGUUCCUUAUUCCUGAGGCCUGUUCAAAAGUCAAACUGUUCGGGUUCACAAGAAAGACAGAUACACACAUGCGCGCACACUCACUUUUACACACACACACAUAUGCUGGAGUUUGCAGGGUUUGUGUGGUGCCACGGCCUCGAAACCACUCUACAAACUCCGCGACCACACACUGAAUACACACACACACAGCGCACACACGUAGUGUCCUGGCGUGGGAUUGCUUGGCACAACGGGUUUUAAUCCGAAGGGUUCCUAUGAGGAAAGUCCCACGGUUUCCCGGUGCCAGGGGAUUGGCCGACCCUCGCAGGACAAGUUACAUCGCGGUGCCCCUGAGUUGGCUUAAUAGUGUAUGGGCGCAAAAAGAUUACCGGGCCAGCCGCGAUGAGUCAUUCACGACAUGUGGGAAGCCGGGGUGGAAAAAGCGAGAAAGGCAGUGUGUAUUCGCCACUCAUUCGCCACUACGAGGCCGUGUUAGGCAAGGCUUUCUCGUCCUCUUCCCUCCGCCUCUCACAGCGUCCGUGUGACGCCGCGAGUACGGCUACGAGGUACAUGGUAGGACACUUGAGUGAGCAGGAGCGCAGACGGCAGUAGGCCUAGGCUUUUCUCGCAAGAUACUCCCCCCGGUAGUGCCGACUGGGCAGCUUUAAGGGAUUGUGGUUUGCGCCGAGAAUAAAAGUUAGCACAGACCGUC